AGCUGCCCACACUCUCUCAGCUCAUGUGCGCCUUGCAGGCAGAGAUGCGCGUUAUGGAGCGCACUUUCCGAGAGCAGCUCUUCUUUCUGGUGUUGUGUCUGUCUGUACUCAAGGGAGACUCCAGAUAUAUAGAGAACAAUGAGAUCUCUAAAGAUGAAUUAUUUUCAUUUUUCAACUCGGAACUCAAGAGAGAAAAACCUGAAGAGUUGUACCGACGACCUUUACGUUGUUUGGACAUGGUUGCAGUGGAGGGUCAGUUCACCUUCACAGCAGAGCACCCUCAGCUCAGCUGUGCUGCCUUCUUCAUGGCAGAGCCCAACGAAGUGGUCACUGUGGAUUAUGACAACGUUGACAUUGACUGCAGGGGAGGGGACUUAAUCACGGUGUUUGACGGCUGGGUGAUGAAAGGAGAGAAGUUCCCGAGCUCUCAGGAUCACCCGCUGCCUCUGUACGAGCGCUAUGUGGAUUACUGCGACUCAGGAUCAGUGAGGAGAAGCGUGCGCUCCUCUCAGAACGUGGCCAUGGUCUUCUUCCGCAUUCACAACGCUGGCAGCAGCUUCACCCUGACAGUCAGGAAACACAUCAAUCCUUUCCCCUGUAAUGUCAUCUCCCAAUCACCAGAGGGCAGUUACACAAUGGUGAACCCGCAGCAGCACAGGAACUGCAGCUUCUCCAUCAUCUAUCCAGUGGAGAUCACCGUCUCGGAGUUCAGCCUGGGACACUACAACAACUUUCCCAAGAGGUCCGUGCCUGGUUGUACAGAAUCAAGAGAUUUUGUGCAGCUGCUGGGAGGAAACGGCAUCGACACAUCCAAGCUGCUGCCCAUCACAGACCUCUGCAUCUCCUUCACUGGACCCACCCACAUGAAGAUCGGCUGUGAGAACACAGUGGUGAGGAUGGUGUCCAGCGGGAAGUUUGUCAGCCGAGUCUCUUUCAGCUACAGGCUACUGGACAGCCAGGAACUGCAGACGAUCAAACUCAACAACGUGGAGGAUUUCUGUUUCAACAACUGAUCCCAGCAAGAUCAUAAAGUCACAAAAGAUCAUUUGACUGCAAACAUUGUUUUUCUCCAAUUACACAGUAUAUAUAUAUAUAUAUAUAUACACAAAACAGAUCCACCUGUUCAUUCCCAGACUCAUUUUGAUUUUUUUUGUUCUUUUAUUUUUCAUUCAUUCUGGUAGUUGCUAAAUAUGAAGUGUCCAUUUGUGUUUGGUAGAACUGCUGUUGUUUUUAUUUCUGCUUUGUGUACAGUAUGUGUAUUUAUUAAGACUUAUAAUAUAAUGUUACAUAUGAGUUCAGGGCCAACAUUCUUAAAAGGGAAUGGUGCUGAAACGAAUGUUACUGGUGUUUAUUUUGCUGAAUGAUACACAAUGUGCUGAGACACAUCCCGCCACAGAUGACAUAGAGGGCAAUAGGUAAAGUAUUCUCAAUAUAAUAAAUACAAGUUGCAUUGCCAUCAUGCAGUUAAAUUUGUAUAAAACCUUUUUGUAAUAAAAUUAUACUGCAUGACAAAGCA